AUGACACCGUCAACUGUGGCUUUCUCCUCUGGCCUAGUGAACAGACAGGGCUUCGCCGCACUGCCAGACGAGCUCUACCUCGAAAUAAUCUCAAAACUCCCAACACCUCCGAUACCAAAGUUCGCAGAAAGCCCCGAGGAGACCAGAGGCCUCCGCGAGCGAUACAAAACUCUCCUGUCACUCUCCCAAACCUGUCGCUCGCUCCGGCACGUCUUCCUGCGAUAUCUGUGCCAGCGAGUGGAGGUAUACAACGAGAUGCAGACGAGCGACGGGGUUCUUCCUAGCCUGUACUACUACAGGCCUGUUAGCAGCCCUAAUAACGGACAUAUUCUGCGGGUCCGACCGUAUGCAGAAGAGAUUCUGGAGCAGCUCGAGAGAGUGACGAUUCGCGAUGAGAGCCUGGCUGUACAUGUCAACGUUCUGAACCUGACCAUCCCCGACUACUCCUUGAGAACCCUCCUCCCAGAGCUUGCGCGAUGCAUUGGGCUCUUCCACAACCUGCACACCGUCCAGCUGAAUCUCUACCUAGCGGAGAAGCAUGACAAGUAUGUCGAGAGGUACUUCAAGGAGUAUACCUACCCGAAUAUCCGGACCGUGUCUGUCGAUGGAUCCGACCUCCAUCGCAUGGGUUUAGCUGAAAAUGAUGACUUGGACGUAGGUCUCGUCGAGAAGUGUCCCCGCCUGCGGGAUAUCACAGUGGACUAUAUGAGCUUGAGAAUAUCCGCCAAGCUCGACAAUUCUCUCAAGCGCCUAUCUCUCCUGCCUAAGCUCCAGACGCUGAGACUGGCGAUGCACGUGCAGUUUGAAUUCCUUCAUUUGGGACGCAUCUGGAGGCAAUUCGGCAUAUCCUCUUCGUCCCCUAACUGGUCUGAGAUUGACAGGUGCGAAAAAUGGGCAAUGGAGGUUUUGCACGAUGUCAAAUCCCCCGAGAAGGUGAACAAGAGAGUGUACGUCAUUUCUAAGCUUAAAACGAGGUGCCGGCUUGUUUAA